GCCAGUGCCAGUGCUGUGUGAGGGGCAGGGGGCGGCAGCAUGUCGGCGGCGGGUGGUGGUCCCUGCGGUCCGGGCGCGGCCGGCCCAGCCUCGGCGGCGGCGGGCGGUGGCGUGUCCAUGUUCCGCUGGCUGGAGGUGCUGGAGAAGGAGUUCGACAAGGCGUUCGUGGACGUGGACCUGCUGCUGGGCGAGAUCGACCCCGACCAGGCCGACAUCACAUACGAGGGGCGGCAGAAGAUGACGAGCCUGAGCUCGUGCUUCGCCCAGCUCUGCCACAAGGCUCAGACCGUGUCCCAGAUCAACCACAAGCUGGAGGCACAGUUGGUUGAUCUGAAGUCUGAACUGACAGAAACACAGGCAGAGAAAGCAGUAUUGGAAAAGGAAGUGCACGAUCAGCUUUUGCAGCUCCACGCGGUUCAGCUUCAACUACAUGCCAAGACUGGUCAGAAUGUUGAUUCUGGGGCUAUUAAGGCAAAACUGUCUGUCCUUUCUGUGGAUGAAAUGGAGAGAGAACUUGAAGCUAACAAGAAGGAAAAAGUGAAAGAAGCUCAACUGGAAGCUGAGGUGAAGUUGCUGAGGAAGGAGAAUGAAGCCCUCCGUAGACACAUAGCUGUGCUUCAGGCUGAGGUUUAUGGAGCAAGAUUGGCAGCCAAGUAUUUAGAUAAGGAGCUAGCUGGAAGGGUCCAGCAGAUUCAGUUACUGGGCCGAGAUAUGAAAGGCCCUGCUCACGACAAGCUGUGGAAUCAGCUGGAAGCAGAAAUACACCUUCACCGUCACAAAACUGUUAUUAGAGCUUGUCGAGGUCGGAAUGACCUCAAACGACCAAUGCAAGCACCACCAGGACAUGAUCCUGAUGCCUUAAAGAAGAGUCAAGGUGUUGGUCCAAUCAGAAAAGUUUUGCUAGUUAAAGAAGACCAUGAAGGACUAGGAAUUUCAAUCACAGGUGGGAAGGAGCAUGGUGUUCCAAUACUGAUCUCUGAAAUCCAUCCUGGGCAGCCUGCUGAUCGAUGUGGAGGACUGCAUGUUGGUGACGCUAUUCUGGCAGUAAAUGGAGUUAAUCUAAGAGAUGCCAAACAUAAAGAAGCUGUAACUAUUCUUUCCCAACAGAGAGGCGAAAUCGAAUUUGAAGUAGUGUACGUUGCUCCGGAAGUUGAUUCGGAUGAUGAAAACGUAGAAUAUGAGGAUGAGAGUGGACACCGUUACCGUUUAUAUCUUGAUGAAUUGGAAGAAGGUGCAAAUUCAAGUUCUAAUAGAAAAGAUGCAAAUGUGGAUGUCAAACCCUCACAAGUGUUUGAUAAGAAGCCAGGUAUUGAUGGACAUGAAAAUGGAGACCUGGGGAAUUCAGCCCGUUCUGCUGAGUCUUUAUCCUAA